AUGGAUAGCGAAAUGUUAGCGUACUUGAUCAGAAAAGAGUUGGUUCAUCAAGAACUGGUUCUGGGUUUUCUGAAGAGCGCGUACAAGAUGGUGGGGAAGAAAGGAGAGGUGCACAUAACUCACAAGACAGCUCACCCUUUUGAUCGAUGGAAUAUUGAGGAGCUUGGUAGUGAAGCAGGUUUGUACUUGGUUGAAGAAGUUGAGUUUGAUAAGUGGGAUUAUCCAGGGUAUUCUAACAAGAAAGGUGAAGGCCAUGGAAGGUAUUCUCAACGGUCUAAUCGGUUGAGAAAAUCCCUCAAAGAUAGGAGAAUCUUCAUCACACGUCUCUUCAGCCUUCAACUGCUUCCGCGCUUCUCGCGUGAGUCUUGGACUCGUUCUUGCUAG